UCCGGCGCGUCCCGCUGAGCGGCCGAGGCGGCGGGCGCUGCUCCCGGGCGGGGCGGCUGGCAGGCUGGUGAGCGCCGCACGCACCGGCGGCCGGGGGCCUCGCGCCGGCUCCGCGCUGCCCGGGAACCGCGCCGGCUCGGCGAACGCGGGCGUCGGCGCCGCGUCCAGCCCCCUGGCCUUCCCAGGCCCGGCCGGCCCGGCGGGGACAUGAGCUUCUUCGGCUUCGGGCAGAGCGUGGAGGUGGACAUCCUGCUGAACGAUGCGGACAGCAGGAAGCGGGCCGAGCACAAGACGGAGGACGGGAAGAAGGACAAGUACUUCCUCUUCUACGACGGGGAGACGGUGUCCGGCAAGGUGAGCCUGGCGCUCAAGAACCCCAACAAGCGGCUGGAGCACCAGGGCAUCAAGGUCGAGUUCAUCGGGCAGAUCGAACUCUACUAUGACCGCGGGAACCACCACGAGUUUGUGUCCCUGGUGAAAGACUUGGCCCGGCCCGGGGAGAUCACCCAGUCCCAGGCCUUCGACUUUGAGUUCACGCACGUGGAGAAGCCCUAUGAGUCCUACACCGGGCAGAACGUCAAGCUGCGGUAUUUCCUCCGAGCCACCAUCAGCCGGCGCCUCAAUGACGUGGUCAAGGAGACGGACAUCGUGGUUCACACCCUGAGCACGUACCCGGAGCUGAACUCCUCCAUCAAGAUGGAGGUGGGGAUCGAGGACUGUCUGCACAUCGAGUUCGAGUACAAUAAGUCCAAAUACCACCUGAAAGACGUCAUCGUGGGGAAGAUCUACUUCCUGCUGGUGAGGAUCAAGAUCAAGCACAUGGAGAUCGACAUCAUCAAGCGGGAGACGACCGGCACGGGCCCCAACGUGUACCACGAGAACGACACCAUCGCCAAGUACGAGAUCAUGGACGGCGCCCCCGUGCGAGGAGAGUCCAUCCCGAUCCGGCUCUUCCUGGCAGGCUACGAGCUCACCCCGACCAUGCGGGACAUCAACAAGAAGUUCUCGGUGCGCUAUUACCUCAACCUGGUGCUGAUCGAUGAGGAGGAACGGCGCUACUUCAAGCAGCAGGAGGUGGUGUUGUGGCGGAAGGGCGACAUCGUUCGGAAGAGCAUGUCCCACCAGGCAGCCAUCGCCUCGCAGCGCUUCGAGGGCACGACCUCCCUGGGGGAGGUGCGGACCCCCGGCCAGCUGUCGGACGGCAACAGCAGACAGUAGGCCCAGGGCUGCGAGCUGCUGGGCUUCCACCGAGCGCUGGUCUGCCAGACGCUGGUGCCCAGGGCAGGCCAGUGUGAUGCUCAGCUGACCCGUUACUCGCAACCUGAAAACAAAUCAUGUUUUUGACGUAAAUUCUUUUUUCUGAAGAACCCAAGGGGCUGGGAUUGGGAAGUGGUCCCUCUGGGCUCCUGUGCUGACGUUAGACUAGGGAGGGUCGCAUCUGGGGAGAGAGCCACUUGCAGGCCUUCCAUGUGGGGCUGCCUGACACCUUCCCGGGGUGCGGAGGGCAGGCCCCGUGGCCCCUGGCUCUCUGAGCUUCCGGGGACAGGUCAGAGCCCGCCCCAGGACUCAGAGCUGCCAGCAGGGCCCAGGUGGUCACGUCGUUGACUCCCCUCCUGUCCCUGAGGUCAUGGCAGCGGCGUCAGGCCUGCCCUGUCCUGAGUGGCAGCAGGGAGACUCCAGACCAGGAAGCUGCCUCCUCGGGAGUCUCAGGUGUGGUGCUCUGAGGUUUCCCCAAGCCCCCCUUUCUGGGACCCGGCACCUCGCUCCUCCAUCUUCUGUAGACUCUUGUCAGUACCAUCCUGGACAGUUUGUGGGGCCUGUGGCUGAUUGUCUCUGGGCACAGGGACACCUGGGGCUGGUGUCGGGUGUGGAUGGCAGUAGGGUGGGACUCAGGGGUGGGGAAGUGAGGUGCUGUGCGCAGCAGAGGGCAGCCCUGAGGUGGGAGGUUUUCAGUGCUGCUUGAGGCCCCAGCCAGGUGCCUGUUUCCCUGGAGGAGGUCCCAGGAAGGGCCUGCCCCCUCUGCCUCCCGGGUGGGCCCGCAUCCCCUUGCUCUCCAUUUCGUGUAUGGGAACUGGGGCUGGGUUUCAGGCUCUUGCCCGUGCCUUCCCUACAGGCCAUGUGGGAGGGGCCUCAGCAGACCUGCCACAGCGUCACAGUGACUCUGCCUGCCGGCUCCACCAGAUGACUGACCAGAGUUGGGGACCACUGGGGUUUUCUUUAAAGGCACAAACACACAAACCCCCUGCAUGGACGUUCUGGCCGGGCUAGAGGAGGGGGAGGCCCCCUGUCGCGCUGGGCCCAGGCCUGUUGUGUUAAUGCGGACAUCCUUCCUGCCUCACUGAGACCAGGAACUGCUCUGCCUUCUAGAAAGACCAAGCCGACCCCAGUGGCCUACAAGUACACUGUCUGGCAGUCUGAGGUCUGUCAUUUGGGAAGCACAGAGGUUGGUUCCUGUGUGUCCUCUCAGUUAGUGUGGGACAUGGGGACCCCUCUUUUCCUCAGAAAUCAGUGCAGUCAUGGACCCUGACUGGGCAGGGCUGGUGGAUCAGACCUGACUGGAGGGAAUGCCUACGGGUGGCACCUGAGGGGGACUGGGGCAGCACAGCCCUGUAGGAAAGGAACAGGACCCCCCAGCAGCACACCAUCAGGGUCGGGCCCCAAGUGUGUGAAGAAGGCAGGGCUGUGUCCCCGCCAGGUCAGAGACUCAGCUCUCCCAUGCCCCCAUGCUGGCUGGUGUCCCGUGGAGCCUCUGCCUCCCAACUGACAGCAGAGUCCCUCCCCAGCUCCCCCACAUCUCAGACCCGUCCUCUGUUGUCCUGAGGGAACAGAAGACCGGAUUUGCUCUGACUCUGGAGCUGUGCAGAGGCCAGGCCUUCUGCUCUCCCCGUGCCCCCAUUCUGUGCCCCUCUGUCCAUCCAGGGAGCAUGGGGAGAUCCCUGCCCCUCCUUCCAAGGUCCCCGUCCCUGGGGGAUUUUCACAAGUAUCUCGACGUGUCGUCUUUCCAGUGGCUGUGUUUUCAACCAAGAACUCUUGUUUCAGCUGUCUAAUUAAAGCAGGCCCUGGGCUCGGAGGCACGUGCCCUUGGUCCCCCAGGAUCUGUGGUCUCUCCUUACGCUGCCCCAUUGCACACACAGGGAGACCCCCACCCAGACCCACAUGACACCUGCCAUCUCUAUGUCUGUAGCCCCUGGCGAACAACAAGGCCUGUUGUAGACAAGCACGUGGCUGAGAAAGGAAUUCUGGUUUCACCCCAUCUGGCAACUUGUCCUGAAACUGCUGGUUUAAACCCCGAUGGGGCCAGAUACGUGAGGGGCAGAUGAGGAAGGCUGGGGCAGAAGAACAGAGUCAUUUCAGCAGACGUCACCAGAUGGAGCCCCACACUGGGCACGUGCUGUGGUGCAGGGCGGCAGGGGAGCCCUGCGUUUCGCUGAGGGGACGUGAGAUGUCCCACCACACCCACUGCUGCUGUAAAAGAGCAGCUUCCAACUUUGACAUUAACGUUUUAUUGAGAAGAGUACACCAAGCCCACCCUUGGACACAACCCCAGGGGAGCACAGCGAGCACGCCUCACACCCUGUACUGUCCAACAGCAGUCAGUUAAGUCGGCUCCUCCUCCUCCAGGCUCAGAAUGAAGUCAAACUCCUCUAUGGAAAAGGGCGAGAAGGAAGGGAAGAACGAGGCUGGCAUCUCCCUCCACAGGGAAGCGGGGUGCAUUUCUCCAGUGGCUGAGCCAGGCGUGUCCCUGUGUGCCCAGCACUGCUGCGCCGAGCCCCUCGGGACAGAGCCACUUCUCUGGGGAGUCCCAGGUCAAAAGGAAAGGGCCGUUCUUACCUCGGGUCAGUGGCUGGACCGAGAGUCUCUGGCGAGUGAAGAGCGCCAUGUUUUUUAAGGGGCCACCAGUGGCUCUGUGGGCUUGGUGAUGGGUUCUGAGCUCAGCCAGGGGAAUGAAACGCUUCAUCAUCCGUACAAACUGCACAUCCACCUACGUGACGGUGGGAGGGGCAAGAAGACUCGUCCAGCUCGCCUGCCCGGGGGGCUCAGCUGCCUGCAGGAGGUGCUGUGGGCCUGGCUGCCCGUGGUCUGUCCCUCCCUCCAGUCAGGGAGCCCCCGAGGGAGCGUGCUGCGCUCUGUACCCUGACCUGAAGACACCCAGACCUCCUUCCUCCCUCUGUCCAUCCUGUCCCUCUCAUGAAAUAGGAAAAACAGUAGUCUUUACCAUGGACCAUUUGGGGUUGUCCUCUUUGCUGGAUGGAUCAUAAUGGGGGCUGUUCUUCUCAAACUGUGUGUGGUCAGGGUAAGCCUCCUUCACAAUCUGAAACCAGAACCAAGUCUUCGUUCACCUGCACAGUCAGCUCCAUGGCCAGUAUCCAAGUCCAACUGUCACUUCUUACCCUGCCCGUUCUCACUCACCUGUCAUGCUGUUGAGCCAACAAGGGCUCAGAUACCGGGAAGUAACCACAGAGAAAUCAGCCCUGCUUUGACAAAAACCUUAGAAGUAUGUUCUAAACCAGGUAUUAAAGACUGUUGGUGCCACUGUUUCUCCACCUACAGGCAGGUUCAUCCCGGUAACUCCUUGCCUGGAAGAGCUACCACUGGGCCUGUUCUUGAGUGAAUGGAGAGGUCUGUGCCAGUGGGGCCUGAAGUGGAGGCCCGCCCCGUUCCGCACUCCUGCGACAGCAGGUGGGGAGGGCGCGCUUCCUUCUGUCACGUAGCUAACCCCGUGUGACUGACCUUCAUGAGUCCUGCGAUGCCUGGCUCUCUGCAGUUGCUGUGGUAGAAGAAGGCUGCUUCCUCCAGCUUCAUGGCUCUGAGGAAGUUCCGGGCCUGUUCAGGGGAGACAACAGAACUGUCCUCCCCACCGGCUGGAAGAGACUAGCCCAGAAGUCAGGUCUGCUUUUAUUAGGUGAGACUUCCUUUGCAGCCUCCCCCCAGUUCAAUUCACUUCUUGCCCUGUGCCCAGACUCGUAUCGGGACACUGGCUAGAACACGGCACUUGAAAGCCGCGUGCAGCCAGAGCAGCGAAGACACCUGUUAACAGCGAGCUUGGCCAAGAGGUCCUGCUGCUGAAAGAGUCGCAAGGAGGAGGCAGGCUUUCACCUCCCCGGGCCUGCGGUCCGGCUCGCGCCCUCUCACCUGGUAGUUGCGAACGCCAUCCCAGCAGGCCGUCUGCUCGGGCUGUGCUUUCAGGUCCUCGAUGCUGAACUAGGCGAGGAGAAGACCAAGUCACUCACCCAACAGUCCUGGGCCAACUGCUAAGAACACAUGGGAGGAGACAGUUUCUUCCCCCACACUGAGGGGCUGCUGGCUGCAGUGGAAGCAGGUAGUUUGCUGGAAAGCAGCUCUGCAGAGCCACUUAUACUGGGCAGAUGCAGGUAAGCCUCAUGUUACCCCUCAUCCUUGCUCUUCAAGGAGAUGAGUUGAAUGGAUACCCAAAUGAUAAAGUAGUCCUCUUGUUAUUCGUAUUCACUCAUUGAAAUAUGUAUCUCUUCUGUACUAUCUCUACGUGUUCUCCAGGCUCUUAUGAUGAUUGAUUCACAUUUGUCCCCUGAAUGUAGACCAGCUGCUGGCAGGGAGACAGACACCUAGGAGCAUGGCAGGUGGCAAGACAAAGGCAACCAAGAUUGCUGCCUAGAUCAGGGUUAGCAAACCCCAGCCCUCAAGCCAGAUCUAGCAACAAGCCCGAUUAUGUUCAUAGUUUCAGUGGAACUUGGCCACACCAUUUAUUAGAACACAGACACAUGUAGUCUGUGGCCCCCUUCUUGUAACAAGAGGAGAGUUACAACAGCAACAUCUGACCUUCCUACAGAAAGUCUCCAACCCCUGCCCUGGGAGAUCACAGGACAGACAGCUGUUGGUAACAAAUCCUGCUGCUUUCACUCCUUACUGCCUUCUCCCUACCCUUCCAAGAGAAGCUGGUGAUGGCACUCGAGGCAGGCACCGACCUCACCUUCACAUCUACGCCUUUCUCCAGCCGGCUCUCUGGCUCUGACUUCAUCAGCCAGUACCUGCUUAGAUUCUCCCCACAGUCUUUAGAGGCUGAAGUCUUCUGAAGGCUGGAGUUCUCCACUUUGGCCAGUGCCUCACCUGGGGCCUCUGUUUUGGCACGUUUUCCUUCUGGCCCCUUCUUGUCUGCAAUAGAGGCAAAAAGAAGAGAGCUGUCUUGCUUGACUGAGAGAAUGUUCUUUUGUAAGGAGAGCACAUGCCUUGGAGUCAGUGCUGGACUCAAAUCCUGCAUGUGUCAGUUACUAACAGGAGCGCCUCAACUGCUGAACCCGGGUUUCUCACCUACAAAAACAGGACAAGAACGCCCUCCUCACAGGCUGUCUCCUGGAUUACCUGCUCAGUGGGCAAGAACACCUCCCGCAACUGUUAAGCAGUCAGUGAGUGCUUUCUCUCCCUCACUCUCCUGUGCCUUCACUCCGGCUGCUCUCUCCAGCGAGGAGACUGAACAUGCACUCCGAGGACUUGUUUUGAUGGUUAAAUAGCCUGGUGUACUCACAAGUGUUCAAUAAAUAUCACCUAUUACCAUCUUCA